UUAACGAAAUCGAAAAAUGAACUAUAUUGCAUUAUCAGAAUCAAACUUGAUCAUCGAUAAAAAGAAACCCCCAUCUGCUUAAUAUUAGGAAUUUUUGUACUGUUUAGAUACUCCCUUUCCAAAUGGUAAUGUAUUGGCGGAGAUCUCGGGACAUGUUCUAACUUGACAACAUUUCUCAUGUGUUUAUGCAUCGGCGUCAGGUGUAAAGAUCUUGUGUUGCACAUAGAGUAUGGCUUUGAAUUUAGUGAUUGGAUUGUUUGUAGAAGAAAAAGCUUCCCACGUGAAUCUAAGCUAUGCCUGGGCAACAUCAUGUGCACUUCAUUGAUUCAGCCUCAGAGGAAAAGGACAGUUCUCAACCACGCAAAUUUGCAGGAUUGUCAGAAGACAUGGCCAUGUUAAAGUUUCCUAAAGUUAAAAACAUUUUAUGGGACCAUGACAGUAUAGGAGAUGAUGUGCACCUUGGACUGACGUACUACAGAAAACCACAGCUGUAUGUGACAGAGAAGGUGCUGCGAUUUGCCCAGAGGCACUUAGAGAGUUCCAGAGAGGCAUCCUGUAGCUGUGCUCUCCAGGGUGCCAUUGCAGUUGAUCAGGAUGGAGAAGGUGUGACCUUUGUUUUGGAUAGGUUUGACCCUGGAGGGGGAGGCACUGUUAGCUGCAAUGGCCUGGCCCCAGGAGAUAUUUCAGUUCCAUUUGAGAUGUAUGGAAACACAAAAGAAAACCGCAAAGGAUCACAAAGUGACUAUUUUAAUGCUCUCAAGCUACUGCAGGAGAGAACUAGCAGUAAAGAUCCAGUGGAACUCAGCAAUUUUCUACUCACGAAAGGAUGGUGCAAUUUUUACACCCAUGGUGAAAAAAGUGUUCAUCACAUAGACUUUGAUGUUGUAACCUUGGCAACAGAAUUCAGAGUCACCCCAAUUUCAGGUGUUCCUAUAGUGCCAACAGCAUUGUCUAAAAAUUUGUCUGGGCCUAUGAGCCUUAGUCAUCUACAAGGGGAACCAAAAAGUGGCUACCUCACCAUGGACCAUACAAGAAAAGUUUUAUUAGUGCUAGAGUCUGAUCCCAAGGUCUUCAACCUCCCAUUGGUGGGGAUAUGGAUCAGUGGUGUGUCCUUUGUUUAUAGUCCUCUAGUGUGGGUCAGCUGUAUUCGAUACCUCUUUAAUGCCAGCAUCAAUGACAGAGUUUGUGCUGGAUUAGAACCCUUCCUUUUGGUGCUAUACAGUCCUUUACACUCCAAACCCGAAUUUUAUGACGUCAGAAUGCAGAACACGGAUGGAAAACUCCAGUUUGACCUCCAUUCAGGCUAUGAAGUCAUUAGUUUACCAAAGACAAUUACAAACAGUUCUCAGAACAGUGUAGAACUUGAACUUAGUGCAGCGAAAACAGGAAAGAAAAGGGAGAUAUUUGAUGCUGCAUUACAUGAAUUUAACUGUCUCAGGUCCUCAUCAAAGAAAGAGAAUAUUAACAUGCCAGCAUCUGCUGCCGAGCUGGAGGAAAUGACCCCCAGAAGUCGGCCUACUCCAUGCGCUUCCCAGGUUCCCAAAGCUGUUCCUAUGGUUCCAGAGGUUUCACUGAUAUUUGGUGAUGAUAACUCAGGGAUUUUGACCAAUAUGGGGCCAAGACAACCACCCAUCAUGCGUAGCAAACCAGCUGGAUUUCAUCAUAUUCAGGACUUUUUAUCCAGUGCUCAUCAACCUUUACAACAACCACAAUCUAGUCAAAAUCCAGUACCUAAAAGCAUACCAACCAGUCUGUCUCAGGCUGCUCCAAAUUCACAGCAGAUGAAAUCAGCACAUCAGCAACAACAACAGUGUACAUUGUCUUGCUGUGCCAAUAACAAAGUGAUGCAGAAUGGCAGGCUUGCUCAAAAUUAUUUAUUUAAUGGAGUGUCUCAACCAAACAGACUCCAGAAUGGUGAGACUUUUCCUCAGCCCUCUAAUGCUAGACACCACAGUAGAUCCAUGACAACCGGGUCACAAGGUCAUUACAGUAGGAAUGAAUUUCCAGUACAACAGCCGUAUCCUCAUCCAAUGUCUAGUAGCACUCAAUACAGGCCAGAACACCCUCCUCAUAGUGCACCAAUCAACACAAGGCCCUCAUACCCACCUCAUGUUAGAGGUCCGUCACACGACCUGAGGCGAUCUUGUUCUUGUCCAGACUGUAUGUAUGGUCUUUCAUUACCAAAUGAACAGGUUCUUCCAUCAAUACAGCCACAGAAUUAUGGUAUACCUUCUACCAUGAUGUAUCACCCUAGUCAUCCGAUAAAUCCAAGAACCCCUUUCCCCAGACCAGUGGCUGCUGGUCCUCAAAGUGCCCCCAUGCCACAAUAUUCUCAGGCUUUCCCUGUGAUGUCUCAGUCAAAUUUACCACAAAAUACUCAACAACAGAGUUAUCCACCUCACUUACAUCCUGCAGGAAAUUCUCCAGCUCUGCAGACUGUGUCUAGAGAAACUACCCAUUCAGCUCCAACUACUGCAAAUUUUAGGUCACAUGAAGUAAUGCCCCCUUCCCCUCCUCAAGAAUCUGCUUUAUCACCUCGCAGUGCUGCUGAGGUCAGAAACAGUCAAGCAGAUAGCAGUGGAAGAUCCAGUGAUGACAGUGGGUUUAGUGUCACUCCAGAGAAAAAGGAUUCAGAAGAAAAGAAUGCAGACUUCCAGACAUCAGCUUUUGGGAAGGGAAUCAACUGGAACCAGGUACCUCCAGAGGUUUACCAGCUUCUCAUGCAACAGGAUGCUCAACUGAAACAGUUACAAUCCCAAAUACAGACUCUUAUACACAAUCAAAGUGUGUCCACUCAACACACAACCAUGACAGAACUGAACUCAACAGCAGGGAAGUCGUCUGUUGAAAAUCACAAAGGGACUGAACAGACAGUUCACAAAUGUGAAAUGGGAACCAACACCUCUAUUUUCCAUCCAUCAGACAGUAACUCCAUAGCUAUGCAGACAAGUCCUGUUAAACAUAUGUCCAAAUCUCAAGAACCCAUGGAACCUCUUUGGACAAGAAGAUCCCAAGAAUAUCCAGAUAGUGCCAGGUCCCAGGAAAAUCCAGACAGUGUCAGGUCCCAAGAAUAUCCAGACAGUGCCCGGUCCCAAGAAUAUCCAGACAGUGCCCGGUCCCAAGAAUAUCCAGACAGUGCCAGAUCAAGGGAACCUCCAGAUAGUGCCAGAUCUAAUAGGAGUUCAUCCUCACAGCCUGCCAAUGGUCAGAUGACAGAUAGAUCUAGUCACAGCUCUCACUGCAGCCAUGCCUCCCAGGAGGGCAGUAAUUAUGAGGCCUACACCCCUGCAGAGAUUAGACAUAGAGGAGUUCUGCCCAUGAAUAGCACAGAGAGGGAGGAGUUUGACCUGAACAUGUCCCAGGGAGAACUCACCAAUGUGGUGAACAAUGUAGCACUCCACAACAAGACAAUGGACAGUAUACACUCAGACAUGAUUGUGGACAUGCCCAGCUACCACUCAUCUCCAUCAAGGUCUCAAGUAUCCCCUAAUUCAGGGUCUGGGGAGAUUUCCCAGAGCCCUAUUAGCGCCAGUAUGUGUGGGGACCAGCAACAGUACAGUGAGGAGUGGGAGGAAGAGGAGGAGGGGCCUGGUGAGCUCAGUGCCGACAACAAGGAGUAUUACGACAAGCUCAUGGAGAAUAUUCACAAACUUCUGGAGCAGCAGGAUAGUGGACUGACAGGAGAGAAUGUGACAGCGGACACGCUACAGAACGACACACUUCAGCAGAGCAUCAUGCUAGGACAGUAUCUUAACUCCAUGAGAAUUGGUGGAGGACAGAAUCCGGUGGAAACAACUUUCAUUCCCAAAAUAAACUACAUGUCCAUGAUGUUUGAAUCAGACUCGGACUGCUCAAUGGAGAUCAAUGCCAUGGCCAUGAAAUAUUUGAGAGAUGAGCAACUCACUCAAUUGACCAAACUCCAAACUCAGUCUCGUCUGAAAGGAAACAAGGAGAGCCACAAAGCCAAUCUGCUGCGGCAUGUUUUGGAUGAGGGCAAGGAUUCUACUCUGGAUGUGACUACAAUGGGCAUGUCACCAAAUGACAUUACUUUCGCUACCAGAAAAUACCUUGAGAAGUAUGGCCUUGUUAAUGAUGGUGAGAGCACGAAGUCUGGGAAUACCUCGGAGUCAACAGUGAAUGACACUUACGAACUCAAAGUCAAUUUCUCCACAGUUAACUCACCAGUAAAUUCUCCUCAAAGGACAGUGCCAGACUCGUAUCAUACACCUGUAUCUCGCGCAGUACCAGACUCCUAUCAUACACCUGUAUCUCGCGCAGUGCCAGACUCAUAUCAUACACCUGUAUCUCGCACAGUGCCAGACUCAUAUCACACACCUGUAUCUCGUAAGUCUCGUAGCCCAUUUCUGGACUCACUAAAAAGCCAGAACAGUACUGGAAGUCCGUUUCACAAUACCUCGGGAAGUCCAUAUGUAAAUAGUGUAAGGACUAUGGAGAAAUCUUCUAGUCCAUAUGUACAAAAUGGUACUUUGUCUGACAGAACAGGCGGCCCUUACACUCCUAACAGUUAUAAUGUGUCCUCCGCAACUCCAGACACUAGGAGGGAACAUAUGUAUAAUUCCUCCCAAGGCCGAGUCCAAAAUGGAUCCUACAGUUAUGGAAAAGAAGACUCCACCCUUAGGACUCCUGUCAGAACGAGGAGUGAUUCUUAUGACAGUGAAAAUCAUAACAAUACCCCAAAAUCAACUCCAAACCAAAGAAUACAACCAGUACUGAGACCUUCUUUCACGCCAAAUUCAACUCCUGGAGAAAGACCACGUAUGCUCAGUCCCAUUGCACAAGAGGAACCAGCAGAAUCAAGUGACCAGGCCAGUAACAACAUCCAACAAUCUGAACAGGACGAUAAAGUCUUAGAUAUAACCAGGCUCAAAAUGAUGCCAAAACUUUUAUGAUAUUCUGUAGUUGUACACAAGUAAUAUUAUUUAUUAUGCCUAGAUUAUUUUAUUGAAUUGUAGAUGUUUAACAGUAGAAUUAAUUGCUUUAGUUCCAAAUACACUAUUUGUUAUCUAAAUCUUCACUUUUACAUUUAGUAUUCAUACUGUGUUUUUGUGGAAUUGUAGUUAAAGUGAUAUGUAUUAGCACUGUAUAAAUUCUGUGAUGUACAUAGGCACUUGUUGCAGCUCAGCACUUGGUUACCCCAGGUAUUUCUUGGUGGCAUUUUAUUUAAUUUUUAUUUUUCCUAUUUGUUUUAAAGCCCAAGGCUGUGAUAUUUUUGUUCUUUUUAAUAUGUUGUAACAGUCAUUAAAUGACUGCAUUUUUAAAAAAAAAAAUAUUUCUGAGGUUUUUAUCAGUCCAGAUUUACUCUAUAUUACAAAUUGAUAAUUUGAACAAAAUACUUUUGCAAGAUUGAAAUGUUAACUCAAAUCUUGAAAUGAAAUUGAAAUUCAAGUGUACAAUCCAUAAAAUCAUAGAUUAGAAUUCGUAGAUAAGAAGUCAAUAAUUACAUGUAGUUCAGGUAUGUAUGAGGUGAUUUCUUGAGUUCCUGUGUUAUUGUGAAUGCAAAGUUUGUUUGAAAUUUGGGUUAAAUUCAUAGUUAAAUUAUUGCACAAGAUGCUAGUCAAAAAAGAUGUGAAAAAGUAGUAACUACGUCAUUGUUAUAAUGGAGCAGACAUGUUGAUAUUUAAUUGUGAUGGGAUUACAUGUGGGAAUGUAAUACAUGUGUAGUCAGUUCAGUUGCGGAGGUCAAUUUAGAUUAGUUUGAAUGGAUGUCAUAUUUAAUAUAUCUAUCUAUAAUGCUGACCUUUAGAAACGUCAUUUGUUCCUCUGGAGAACGGAAAACAAUUCUAAAGAAUAAACAAGAUACUCGUACUACAGCAAAAUCAAACAGUUGCAUCACACAGGAUAAAGUUUAAAUAGACACACUUGUACGUCGAGUAUUGUAGACUUUGGUGAAACAGUUGCUACUUUCUCAACUAAGAAAGUUUGCCGGGACUCGUUUAAUGUACCUCUCUGGAAAUUUUAUAGGUAGGUAAUUGCCAUUGUAUCAGUACUCAUUAAUUUUAUCAAUAAAACUGAGAAUAAUGUG